AUGCCGGCCAGGGCUAUGGAGCAGGUGCACAGGCCACAGGUGCUGCAGGGUCAUAUGGCCAGGGAUGUGGUCAAGCAUACCAAGGUUAUGGAGGCUAUGCAGGUGCCGGAUAUGGUGCACCAGACCAAACCUAUGGCAACGCCUACGGCCCCGGCUAUGGUGGGACCGGGUAUGGUGGUGGACAAGGUGGUCAGGGUGGUUGUGGCUACGGCUACGGUCCGUCGGGAUAUGGGCAAGGCGCAGGUUAUGGCUACGAUGCUCGUGGUUAUAGCGGCAUGCAAGACGCGGCUGCCACACAACAGUUGUCCGCGCAACAAGUGUACAACAAGGACGUGUCCGGAUCUUUUGUACGUGGUGGUGGCAUGUACGGCGGGGCACCCGGCUACAAUGCGUACGCUGGAUAUCCUGCAGGAGCUGGAGGGGGACAGGUGGCAAUGGGCAGGAAGCCACGUGCACGGCGCAGUGUGUGCUGCUGA